AUGUCUCUAACGAUCAGGUAUGUUUCUGAUGGCAACUUGGCUCCUUCAGGUGUUUAUGAACAUUUCAUACAGUUUAUGCAGGUUGAAAGUAGCACAGGAGAAAAUUUAUAUAAAACAUUAUUAAACACACUAGAGGAAUUAAAAUUGGAUGUGAAAGACAUUCGAGGCCAAGGUUAUGACAACGGUAGCAAUAUGAAAGGUCACACAUCGGGAGUACAAGCACGGCUGUUGCAGGAUAAUCCAAGAGCCUUCUUUGUACCCUGCGCAUGUCACAAUUAUAACCUGUUACUAGGAGAUGUAGCCAAGUGCUGUCCAGAUGCUAUAACAUUUUUUGGGAUCUUGCAAAGGAUCUACAUAAUGUUCUCAGCAUCAACAAAGAGGUGGGCAGUUUUUAAGAAACAUGUACCUGGGUUAUCAGUGAAACCCUUGAGCGACACAAGGUGGGAGUGUCGGAUUGAUAGUGUUAAAGCUAUUCGUUAUCAGGUUGGAGAAGUAUAUGAUGCACUUGUGGAAACAUCAGAGAUAACAGAUGAGCCCAAGGUAAAAGCAGAGACAGAAGGUUUAGCAAACCAGCUAAAAGACUAUAAAUUUUUAGUUUCUUUGAUAUUUUGGCAUGAUUUACUUUUUAAAGUUAACUAUGUUAGCAAGGAACUACAAGGUAAAACAAAGGACAUUGAUGAAGGCAUGGAGUCAUUUGAAAAACUAUUAUCAUGGCUAAGAAAAUAUAGAGAGAGUGGUUUUAAUGAUGUCCUAAUAGGCGCAAAUGAUUUGGCUGAAGCUGUUGAAUUACCACUAGAAUUUAGGAAAUUUCAAGAUAAACGACUACAAAGAAGGAAGAGAAUGUUUUCAUAUGAGGCAAAAGAUCAAGCUUUUGAUGAUCCAAAAGAAGCAUAUAGAGUUCAGUGCUUUACCUUAGUGCUAGACAAAGCUAUUCAAUCUCUAGAAUCUAGAUUUAUGCAGCUUAAAAGCCAUAUAAAAUUAUUUGGAUUUUUAAAUAACUUUCAGGGCUUACAAAAGGCAGAAAUAAGGAAACACACAGUAGACCUUGAAGCAGCUUUAAUUGACACCAAACUAAAACAGAACACUGAUGUAGAGGUAGGUACUGUAACAAGUAAAGAUGUAGAUGGUUAUCUGUUGGCUGAAGAACUUGAAGCUCUGAAAACUUUUCUGCCCACCAGUGUCGCCAAGCCCCAAGCCCUGUUUGAAUACCUG